CUGGUCUUCUCCUACCUGGAGCUGCGGGAGCUGAGGAGCUGCGCGCUGGUCUGUAAGCUGUGGCACCGCGUCCUGCACGGCGACGAGAACAGCGAGGUGUGGCGCAGCUUGGCGGCCCGCUGCCUGGCCGAGGAGGCCCUGCGCACCGACAUCCUCUGCAACGUGCCCACCUACAAGGGCAAGGUCCGUGCCUUCCACCACGCCUUCAGCACCAAUGACUGCUCACGGAACGUCUACAUCAAGAAGAAUGGCUUCACGCUGCACCGCAACCCCAUCGCCCAGAGCACGGACGGAGCGCGGACCAAGAUCGGCUUCAGCGAGGGGCGCCACGCCUGGGAGGUGUGGUGGGAGGGCCCGCUGGGCACCGUGGCUGUCAUCGGCAUCGCCACGAAGCGGGCGGCCAUGCAGUGCCAGGGUUACGUGGCCCUGCUGGGGAGCGACGACCAGAGUUGGGGCUGGAACCUGGUGGACAAUAACUUGCUGCAUAACGGAGAGGUGAACGGCAGUUUCCCCCAGUGCAAUAACGCACCCAAAUACCAGAUAGGCGAAAGGAUUCGAGUUAUCCUGGACAUGGAAGACAAAACAUUAGCGUUUGAGAGGGGCUACGAGUUCUUGGGAGUUGCCUUCAGAGGACUGCCAAAGGUUUGCCUGUAUCCAGCAGUGUCUGCUGUCUAUGGUAACACAGAAGUGACUUUGGUCUACCUGGGAAAACCUCUGGAUGGAUGACGUGGAUUGUUUUGCUGGGACAUCGAGAUGUGGAUGACUGGGAGGAGAAAUCUGCAUGUUGGUUAGAGGGAAACGUGUAUUAGAGGAAAAACAAAAAAGUGUGGGUGUGUGUCCAAGAACCAUCGAGGGAAUCGCACGGAGUUCUGAAACGGAGGACCAGCCAUACUUCAGGAAUUGUUACAUUUCCUCUUUCUACCAGGCCAGAAAAAUCCUCAGGGUUGCAGUUGGUUGAGUGGGAAGCUGACACAUGCAUGUUGCAACAGAUUUCCUUGCUAAGGUGGCAGUGCGUGACCUCAGAUAUUUAAGAAAGGAUUUGGUACAAAACUGCUUAAGGAAGUUAACCCGAGAUUUGUAAGUAGCGUGUUUUGUGAAAGACUCCCAUUUUAAAACUGCUUGUUCCUUCCCUUCCCUCCUUUGGGCCAGCGUGGGUGCCGGAGGAGAGCGAGU